GGAUCACUAAUUCGUAGAAUGACUUGGGCCUUCAAAAAGGGGCCCAUUUUGUCACUUCUGGUUCGGUUGUGUGGGCCAAAAGCCCUCCCGACUAGCAACUAGCAAGUAGCAACUGGCUUGGAAGUACCUGCAGUUUUUGAGUUCCACAACGGAGAACGGCAAUUAUCUCCAGGCGCGGAGCCGUUCCUCCUCCGGCUGCCGACGGCGGACAAACCAUUGAACUAUUGGCAGCCAGAAACAGCCCAGAUGCCCAUCGGAAGUAUUUCUUCCCCCUUUUUUCUGAGAUAAACAGCUGAAGCAUGCUUGGACAGUGGUGAAAUCUCCCCUCGAAAGAACUCGUCAUUGCAAGCGAGCUCACUCAGCCUGGUAAAUCCUCAACUUCCCAUUUUCCUUUUGAUGUUGGUUAAGUAUAAGCUCUGAAUAUUCUCAAGGAUUAUGCGUCCCUUUUUAAUAAACAGGGGGGGAAAGAAAACAUGGCAAUUUCCUUCACAUGGUUGUCAAGCUAUCGCCUUUCCUGCAAUUCACCUAUGAACAUAUCCAGUUGAUUCGUGAAGUAGAGGGGAGAUGCUAAUUGGUGCUUGAUUUUUCUCUGAUUGGUUCCUAUCAAGCAUCCAACUUUUCUACACGAACUCAAGGAAAUGAGCUUAUGGCGAAAGGCGAACAAUCUUCGCUCUAUUGGAGGAAUCGAGGGAGAGCGCCCGUCUUUUUCCAAACUCACCCGCUUGCUUCAACUGUGCAGCAACUCCAAAUCUCUGAAUCAAGGCCAACAAAUUCAUCAGCAUGUCAUUGCAUUGGGGUCUAGUGGUAACCCGUUCGUGGUGACUAAGCUGAUCCAAAUGUACGCGGAUUGUGAUGAUCUGUGUUCUUCAAGGAAGCUGUUUGAUUUAUUUCCAAACCCAAAUGUAUUUGCUUGGACAGCGAUUCUCGGGUUCUUCUCAAGGCAUGGUAUGUACGAGGACUGCUUGGUGAAUUAUCGGUUGAUGAAGUCUCAAGGAGUCUCUGCGGAUCACUUAGUGUUCCCAAAAGUUCUGAAAGCUUGUGCUCAGUUGGCGUGGUUGGAUGGAGGGAUGUGGGCCCAUGGAGGUGUGGUUGUUUCUGGCUACGAGCGGAACUUUCAUGUGUGCAAUGCUUUGAUCGACAUGUAUGCAAAGUGUGGAAAUGUGUUGAGUGGGAGGUUGGUUUUUGCAGAGAUGGGAGAAAGAGAUUUGUUUACUUGGAAUUCAAUGAUUUCUGGGUACAUUAGUAAUGGGUUGCUAGAUUCAGCUGUGCAGCUUUUUGGUGGUUUGAAGUUGGAGGGUGUUAAGCCUGACGUCAUUACAUUUAACAUGUUGAUGGAUGCUUAUUUCCGAAUGGGGCUUUGUGAUGAAGCUUCAAAAGUUUUUGAACAGAUUGAAACCCCCGAUAUCAUUUCAUGGACCACUCUAAUAUCUGGUUAUUCUCGAGCUGGCAAGUAUGCCACAUGUUUGGUAAUUUUCAAGGACAUGGCGAAUGAAGGGGGGAUGUUUCCUGAUGUAGAUUCCCUUUCACUUGUCCUUGUUUCGUGUCGCCAUCUGUGUGCUUUAAUGUGUGGGAAGGCAAUCCAUGGUUAUGGUAUCAAAACUCAACAACCUGGGGGGAGAUUUUACAGAUCAGCUGGUCCAGCUUUAAUGACAAUGUAUGCUAAAUGUGACUCAGUUCAUCAUGCUAGAACUGUGUUUGCACAAAUGGACAAAUCAGACGUUGUUGCCUGGAACGCUAUGAUUUUGGCCUUUGUAGAAUCUGAGUCAAGGGAUUUAGCACUCGAAUGCUUUGGUGAGAUGCAGAGAUCAGAUAUCCAGAAUGAUCAGACAACCAUAUCUACUGUUUUACCAGUUUGUGAUUUGAAACAUGGAAAGCAGAUUCAUGCCUAUGCCAUGAAACACAUUUUCGAUCAUUGUGUUGCAGUUUGGAAUUCAGUCAUACACAUGUAUUCCACGUGUGGGAAAGUUGACACCGCAUACUCAGUGUUUACAACAUCGAAAAUCCGAGAUUUAGUAACAUGGAACGCAAUGAUCAGAGGAUUUGGCAUGCAUGGGCUUGCACAAGCUGCUUUGAAUCUUCUUCAGGACAUGAAGCGGGUGGGAGUUUGUGCUGAUGCUCUCACAUUUACUUCGGUUCUAUCAGCCUGUCAUCAUUCAGGCCUUGUAGAAGAGGGCAUUAAACUCUUCGAGAGCAUGACCGGAGAAUAUGGAUUUGUCCCCACAAUGGAACAUUACUCAUGUAUUGUCAACAUGCUAGCACGUGUAGGUAGGCUAGAAGCUGCCAUCAAUUUCAUUCAUCAAAUGCCCCUGGAGCCUGAUAAGUCUGUUUGGGGGGCCUUACUGGCAGCCUGCCUUGACCAGCAAAAUGUAGAAGUUGGAAAGCUUGCUGCUGAGAAGUUAAUCCACCUGGAACCCGAACGUGCAGGACAUUAUGUGGCUUUGUCUAAUAUAUACGCAGAAGCUGGUAGAUGGGAUGAUGCUGUAAAGGCAAGAAAGGAAAUGGAACGCAGAGGGUCGGUUAAGCCCUCGGGGCAGAGUUGGAUAACUUUCGGGAACUGAAGUUAACUUCAGUGAUUGGUUAUCCGUGACAGCUUGACCACAAUUCAUGGAGGAAAUUCUGUUUCUGCUGCAGCUUUUCCAUGAAAUGAAAACGCAAUGAAGUGUAUUAAGCUGUUAUCCAAGAAUAUCCUGCCACAUCAGGUAAUGAGGUGAGCAUUGACGAAAAUGAUUUAGGGUAAUAAUUCAUACAUAUAGUACCUGGACUGGCAUAUGAAAUAGUGGCAUGAGUUAUAGAGGUAGCUAAAGACUGCACAACCUAAUCAAACAAAAUUAUCAGGCAUGUCCUUGUUUAGUAGUAAUGCAGAAAAAUUUAACACUUAAACUUGUGAAAUGAAUCAAAAUGCUAAAGCCAACAGCCACCUUUGAAUCUUCUGCCCUCCCUUGACCAAUUAUAAUUUCGCAGGUUCUUGAAAUAUUGACGGCUGUUAUAAUAUACUUCAUUUAAGGGCUUUCGGACAAGCUCCCUUCCGAUCAGCACAAGACUGUUGCUGCUAUGGGUUCAUUGAAAGACUUGGAACAAGCGAAGGAUGGUAGAAAACUGCUUGCAGAACAAGAUGUAUCCCGUGCACACUAGAAUGGUGCAGUUCGUAUGUUUAUGCUGGGAUUCCUCAGUGUGUAUCUGUCUGCUUAUGCCUGGGUUCAUUUCUUAAGAUAAGAUGAUUACACUUGAAGCCUGCUUUCUUCUUGUUAUUGAACAGUGUUCUCUCUUAUCUGCAAUGUAGGUUCAUGUGAUGAAGGAACACCUCAAAAGAAAAUCCAGCACUGAAGGAGAACAGGGACAUAUUUCUUUCUGAAGUAUGCUGCCUGUGUCCUACAAGGUAAUCAUAAAACGUAACUCCAUGAUAUGACAAGUUAACAUCCUAUUCUGGGUGAUAUUGUUCAGAAUAAGAUUUCGUCCCUGGAACGGUUCCUAUAUACACUGGCUGAUGACCCUUCCUAAUUUUGCAGAAGUAGGAGACAGAUCGCUGCAAAAGAGAGAUUAGUGGUAGAAUGAUAAUGUAGAGGAAGGUAUAGCAGUAUCAUAAAGAGAACAAUUGAAGAAAACGCAACAGCAAGCUAGGGGAAUCUGGCCUCUCUGAACUGCUGAUUUCGUCGAAUUUUUAUGACCAAAUUCGCCUGCAACAUUGGAUCCCAUGCUCAAGCCAUGUCACAAAACAGCAAUUCCCAAAUACUUGUUGAUCCAGUCUUCCACUUGAUGUUGCAAACACGAAACUCAAGCUAGAAUACAGAACAGCAAUUCUCAAAUACUUGUUGAUUUUGCUCCUUUUGGGUCCUUGAGAAAUUUAUGUUGACAGAUUAUGUUAAUGUACACAAGCACGUAACAGAAGCCAUAAUUAGGUACCAUGUCCAAGCAAAUCCAUCAACUUCCUUCUUCAAUUCCAUCCCAAUGGUACAAUAAUAGUAAAUCGAAAUG